AUGACAAUAGAAUUUAUAAAAGAUUGUACUAAAUCACAUUUUGUUAAUGAAAUGAGUUGUAUAUUUGAAAAAGUAGAUGUUUUAAGUAAAACAAAACUUAAAUGUUCUUGGAAAGAAGUUUAUCAUCUAAAGUUAAAUAAGAUUUAUGAUUAUACACCAGGAGAUGCUAUUGGUAUUUUAACACCAAAUUCUGAAGAAAUAGUACAAAAUCUAAUGUAUUUAUGUAACUGGGAUAAUGUUUAUGUUAAAGUAAACAACAUUGGAUUAGAUUCGUUUAAAUACAUUGGAUCAUUGAAAGAAUUGCUUGUUAAUCACAUUGAUUUAAAAUCAGCACCACGUAAGAAAGAAUUGAAAGCGUUAUUAAAAACAGCUGAAGAUAAAGAAGGAUUAACUAAACUCAUAGAAGAUGUAAAUGAGUAUAAGAAAUUUCUUUUAAGUUAUCCAACCAUAUUAACAUUUAUUGAAAAGUUUAAAGCUAAACCAACUAUAGAAGAUUUUCUAUCAUCUUGUAGUACAAUAACUCCAAGAUUUUAUUCUUUAAUAAAUAAAAAAUCUGAACAUUUAGAAGUGAUUAUUGGAAUUGAAAAACAUAAAGAUUUGAACACUCCAUUUGGUCUCAAGUAUGGACAUUGUUCAGAAUUUAUAAAGACACAAGAAAUUGAUUCUUUACAAAUUUGUUUUAAAAAGUCAAUUUUAUUAUCAAAUUUAAACAAAUCAAUUAAUCAAAAUACAGAACUUAUAAGUUUCUGUACUGGGACUGGUAUAACUCCUUUUAUAUCUUUUUAUAAAAAUUAUACUUUUUCUAAAUUAAAAUUACAUUAUGGUUUUAGAAAUAAUGAAGAUGACUUGUCUAAACUAUUCUUAAAUGAAUUAGAGAAUAUUAUACAGUAUAAAAGUUCUGAUAAACAGUAUCUAAACAAUCAAAUUAAUAUUAAAAACAUUCAUGAUAAUUUGUAUAUUUUUGUAUGUGGAAAUAUGAAGAUGCAAAAAGAUGUGUUUAUGAUAAUUAAAAGGUUAUAUCCUGAGUUAGUUAAAAGUAAAAGAAUAUAUUUUGAAAAUUGGAAGUAA